AUGCACGCUCUGUGGUGCUGCAGUUCUCGCAGUGGGCGACCCUUCAAAAAGUCAGACUUUAGGUUUACUUUGAGAAGUUCACGCGCUGCGCCUGUCGUGGAUACUAGCAACCCCCAAAAUGAUGCAUCAAGGCUCAAAAGCGAACAGAUCUCACCCUUUGAGGGUCCUGUCGAACUGUGUCAAUUCCGCGGAGCACACGUCGAAGUAAGCGACGUCGAGAGCUCCGUCUCAACCCCCGAAACCGGCGUUUUCAACGGAACCAAGGCCAAAAUAAUAAAUCGCUUACCUCUCCAAAAGACGUCUAGACGGAAUUCGAAAGUGUCCAUUGGACACAGUGACGAAGAACUGACUAGGCGAGCUGAAGUGAGAAGGCUAAGACAAAAACGGAUACAAGACGAGCUCGACAAGGACGACGACCAUGGCUCCUCGGACAGAAACUCAAACCACAAUGUCGGACGGCCUGCUGGUUGGUUUGACAUAAGCUGCCCUUGCAAUGGGCCUAGAGAUACGAUAGAGUUCACAGUCGAGGACUGUGAUGUUGCAUCUUUUGCAGCCUCAUCAAACGCUUCCUCUCAUGCGUACACAUCUUCUCGCGAGGAGUGCUGCCCCUCAGAAGCGUCCUUCAUACUUGCUCGCACAGCUCCGUCAAAGACACGAUCCGAGGCUAGGAGGAAACAGCCCGUGGUUGGGCAAGUCAAAGGCCCAUUGCGAGAAAGAAGAUGCGUGUCUUUGAUAUCCUUGUCUCAACGUCCGUCAAGUUGUGAACCUAGCUCUUCUCGACUCGACAGGAUUCUUGGAUCAGACAAUGACUUCAAUAUCCGACACGGAUCGCACGCAUGGGAUGAUCAGUCUUCUUUGGGAGUCUGGUUAAUUGCACAAAGCUUCAAGUCAACUGGAAAUUCUAUCCGUCAAGAGCCAACCGACGUUGUGGACGAUCUCCCGUUCAGUCAACGUUUGCUGGUGAGAGACAGGUUAAGUGGUGUGGAUAGCAUCAUUGAGUCGUCGUUCUCUAAGCCAGAUCGAGCCCAGGUACCCGGACCCGGUCUCCUCGCGUAUGCAGAGAACAGGCAGGAAGGCAUACGAGAAGGAGCUCCAACGGAACUGAACCAUCCCUUGCCGCCCUCCCCCGAAGUUGAGGUAGGAAAGAAUGCUCAUUCCACACACAAGGCGGAAGAAAAUAAAGGGUCUUCAAAUUAUCCCUCCACUUUGCCAAGCUUUGAUUCAAGUCUAGCUGGGUCUGGAACCAAUGGCUAUGUUCUCACUCAGCAAGAUUUGGAUAACCUCGAAUUGUCCCCAGUCGUCUGUGGGUUUUUCGUAUCCCACAUUUAA